AUUAUUAUUAUUUUUUUCAAAGAAUUAAAAAAAAAGAAGAACGAAAAUUCUGUGUUUUGUGUUGAAGCCAAAAUAUCUAUAAGAUAUUCCGAUAAGAUUCUUUUUGAUCAUCAAAUCAAGCUCAACAAAGCAAAAAUCAAAGCAUAAUUGUGUGUGUGUUCAUCAACCUAUUUUAGCUACAAAAAACAACAUAAACAACAAUAAAAAUGUCGGACGAUCGAAGUGGAGAAGAUUCUCAUCAAACAGAAUCUAGUAAUGUAUCAUCAGCAGGCGGUGAACAACCAGCCCAACAAAAUGAACAAGAAUUGGCUACAAAAACAUUGUAUAUUCAACAUAAACGAUUCUAUUUGGAUGUUAAACAAAAUCAUCGUGGUAGAUUUAUCAAAGUUGCUGAGGUUGGCAGUGCUGGCCGUAAAAGCCGAUUAUUAUUAUCGAUGGCUGCAUCACGUGAAUUUCGUGAUCAUUUAACAACUUUUUCCGAACUCUAUGCAUCAUUAGGUUCAUCAUCAUCAUCGAUAGGUCCACCAAAUCUUGACAAUUAUCCGGAAGAUGGCAAAAUUAAAUCAGAAAUAAUUAUCAAAGAUAAUAGAAGAUAUUUUCUUGAUCUUAAAGAAAAUACUCGUGGUCGUUUUCUAAGGGUUUCACAAUCAUUUACACAUGGUGGAACACGAACACAGAUUGCUAUUCCAGCACAAGGAAUGAUUGAAUUUCGUGAUGCCCUUACCGAUCUACUUGAUGAAUUUGGUACCGAAGAAGGAGGAUUUCGAGAUACAUUGCCGGAAGGAACGAAUUUUCGUGUUGAAAAUAAAAAAUUCUAUUUUGACAUUGGACAGAAUAAGAUUGGUGUUUUUAUGCGUAUAUCUGAGGUAAAAAGUAGUACACGAUCAUCGAUUACUAUACCUGAAAGAUCAUGGGCACGUUUUCGUGACAUAUUUGCUGAUUAUGUUGAUAAAAUGAAUCCAAAUAAUAGUAGUAGUGGUGGUGGUGGUGGUGGUGGAAAUACUGCCAAUACAACAACAACAACAGCCACCUCUUCUACAUCAGGUGUAGCAAUAAGUGGUGGCGAUGAAAGUGGUAUUUCUGCUUCCGAAAAAACAGCAACAACAACUACGGGUACCAAAUCAUCAAGUAAAUCUCAACAACAACAACAAGAAUCAUCAUCAUCAUCUCGUAAUAAUGGUAAUACAGCAGCAACAACAACAACAUCAUCAUCAUCAACAUCGGCCAAAUAAGAUUU